AUGAGCAAAUUAAGAUGUACAGGAAAGGAAGGAUUACAAAGGAUGAAUUAUUUAUACCAAAUAAGUAAUAUGCUUGCCACCAAUAGUGUAGCUGAAAACACUGCUUCCUCAUUGAAUUCUAAUCUCCUGGUAAAUAUUUCUAGAAAAACUGUUCAAAGGAUGGAAAUAGGUUUGAAGAGAACAAUCUGCAAGAGUUGCAGGUGUCUCUUACUAGCUGGCAUUAAUUGUAAAAUAAGAAUUACAAAGAAAAAAUUGAUUCAAACAUGUUUGAAAUGUCACAAAUCCAAAAUAUUGAGUAUUGAGAACAAAACCUACUUGCCUUGGACUCAGCAAGAAGAAAGUAUAGUGGAAGUCAUGGAUUUUGGAAGAAGUGGUGAAACACAAGGAGAUAAUGAUAUUCACACAAAAAGAAACAAAAAUCAAGUAGAAUCUAUACAUUCCAAUAAGGAAAAUGAUAAGCACACACCAAUGGAAAUAAGACAAGAAGAGGUUAUCAUGAAGAGGAAUAAACAGGAAGAGCAGGAAACCUAG